AUGGAUAUGCUCUUUAUGGAAAAUGUUACAUGGCUUUCAUUUCAUGCUGGUUAUGAUUUUGGUUAUUUAUUAACAAUGCUUACUGGAAAAUUAUUACCUGAUACAGAAAGUGAAUUUUUUGAGUUAUGUUAUAAAAAUCUGAAAGGUGGUUCUGAAGAAAUUGAACGUAUUGGUCCACAACAUCAAGUUGGUAGUGAUAGUUUAAUGAUUGGUUUAGCAUUUUUUAAAAUGAAAGAAUUAUUUUUUGAAGAUUCAAUUGAUGAAUGA